GCUGUUGAUAGCAUCUACCGUGUAUCGAUUUAACAAAUCAAAACCCGAUAAACAAAUUUAAUCUUACUUGAUCUGAUAAAAUUGCAGCGAAAAGCAGUAAAUGAAGCCGACUGCCAGAGUGUCUCCAACAUCCGGAUCGAGAAACGACUACACUCAAUACAACAUGAACUCGGGUCGUUCCAAUAAUACUAAUUACAAUAACUCCGGAUCUGGUUCUUCGAAUCUCCCAUACUACAUGUACAAUUCAUCUACCAGCGGGGGAAAUAAUUCGUCGAACUUCAACUACAACUAUUCCGCCAGUAGAUCCUACUCGGCCAACAAUAAUAAUCCGUCAAACUCCUACGAAUACGAAUCGCAGUUGCAAUCUGCAUUAAACUUUCAGUACAAUCCCAUUAUCUCAUCGGACACGAGCUCGCACGUCCCAUUUUCAUAUGCUAACAAUGAAUCUAACAGCGGCAAGAGGAAGAACCGCGGAUAUCAACCAUGGGUCAAACGUGAUUCGCUGCAGCGACCGGCUCCUUACGCGGGUCACCGUGGAAUGACCCUGAUGCAGAAGAUGGGUUGGAAUCCGGGCCAGGGUCUCGGUCGAUGCGAAAAUGGUGAAUUGGAGCCAUCGUUUCCAGAUAUCAAAAUGAACAAACGGGGACUACAUGUUGGGCAGAAGGAGCUGAAGGUUCCGGUCAGCGUAAAAUCGGAAGGCGGCCAAAAGCUACAGAUGGCAUCGAUCAAGCUAGUCACCGAGGGCAAAAAUCCAGUUUCGAUUCUGGAAGAAUAUUGCAGCAAGCGCAAGCUGGAAGCUCCCAAGUACGAAGCAGUAGUUGAUGAAGGACCGGUCCAUGCCAAGAACUUUGUGUUUAAGGUGUCGGUUGACGGAGUUGACUACACGGCUGACAAGGGAAGCAACGUGAAAAAAAUUGCUCGGCUGGAGGCGGCCAAAAAGUGUUUGGUGGAGUUGGGCAUUUUAUCCAAGGAAUAAGCU